AUGGUGGUGGAGACGACAUACUAUGAGAUCCUACAAGUGGAAGCCACUGCCGACGAAGCCGAGCUCCGCAAGGCAUACAGAAAACAAGCGAUCAAGUUGCACCCGGACAAAAACGGCAAUGACCCCAAGGCAGCUGAGAAAUUUCAGGAAUUGGGCGAAGCGUACGGGGUAUUGUCCAAUCCCGAGCUGAGAAGGAUAUACGACGAGUUUGGGGUCGAGGGGAUGAAGAAGCAGCAGCAAGUGGCUGAGCAAGACAUCAACCCCAGCGAAUUCUUUGAAUUGGUGUUUGGAGGAGUCGCGUUCAAGGAGUGGAUCGGCGAAAUUGCCGUGAUGGAUGACUUGACGAAAUCGGCUGAGGUGUUGGGUUUGGAUGAGGAGGAAGAGGAAGAGGCAAACGAAGCAGAGGCUGCCAAAAAAGCCGUUGGUGCCGGCGCCACCAACACCGUCGAGGCCGGUGGUGUGCCAAAACACUCUGCUAACAAACUGCAUACUCUGGGCAAGCCAGAUUCGCCAGGCCGCUCAUCAUCGAGCGACCCCGCGUCGCUUAGCUCGAAUUUGGACUCGUUGACACUCGUGGACCAAGCCAGCCAAGAUGCCUCGUCAGGAAACUCCAAACCCCAGCACAGAAUGUCCUCGCAGGAACUCAAGAGGAAAAAGAAACAGAAAAUCACCAAGGAGCAACGAGAAGAAGUCCUCCGUAUCCACGAGGAGAGCAAACGCACCCAGCUCAAACGAAUCGAGCAACUCUCGACAAAGCUCCUCCAGCGCAUCGAAACUUACCGCACCGCCUCGUUGCUGAACCCCGAAGCAAUCCAACGCUUCACCGCAAAGCUCCGCGACGAGCUCAACGACAUGAAAGUGGAAAGCUUUGGCAUCCAGCUCAUCCACUUGAUCGGCAAGAUCUAUACCAGCCAAGCCAAAGCCGUGAUUUCGUCGAGCAAAACGUUUGGCGUAAGCAAGCUCUACACCUCGAUGAAAUCCUCAGGUGAAACAAUGCGAAACGGCUACUCGAUCGUGAAAACGGCUCUCGAAGCACAAGAAGCUUCGGAAAAAGUCAUGGCUGAACACGAGGAGUUCGAAAUCAGGGUGGAAAUGUUGGGGUACGAGCCGACACCCGAGGAGCUCGCGGCGCAGGAGGAGAGAAUGAGAUUUGUAACGGGCAAAGUCUUGGCUACGGCGUGGUCCUUGGUCAAGUUUGAAGUCACCAACGUGUUGAAGAAAGUCUGUGAGCGGGUGUUGCUGGAAAAGGGGCUCGCUAAGAAGGAACGGGUCGCGCGGGCAAAUGCCCUCUUGGCGAUUGGGCGCGAGUUCAUGGCUACCCAGAGACUGAAGGAGGAAGAAGACGACGCGCGCAUAUUCGAGGAGAUGAUGGCGGAUGCCAAGGUCAAAAAGGAUAAUAGCAAGAAGAGAACUGCAGAGUCGAAGCAUAACCAUCAUGUGUUUGGAGGCAAACGUUGA